CAAAUAAGUGGUGAUAUGCGCUCAGACGACAAUCAAAUAAUAUACGAACAGUUCUUUGUGGAUGUUCAAGAUGCAUCCACAUCGCAGGUGAUCGACGAGUCGAACGUGGUGGUGGAUAUAGAUGACAGCAGUCAUCAGCAGUCACAAAUCGUUGGUGACAAGUAUGAAACAAAAGUUGUUGUGGACGGUGAUGAAGAUAAUGAGAUUUCAUCUGACGAAAACGAAUCCCUCCAGAUGAAACGAAUGAAGCAGUCGAAUCUGAGAAACAAACGGCGAUAUAAAGAUGGAAAGGGUACGAAACGAGAUGUUCAGUCACAGAAUCGGAAGGGAGAGCAGAAUAAAGAGGUGGAAGAGUUAGAGAGUCUGUUGCGUAAGACGAAAGAUAUCGACGACGAUGUGAAUAUCACGAAGGAACUGAAAGAGAAGAGAAUGCGUGCAAGACGUGCCGAGGCGGCCAGAAUGAGAUAUCAGCGAAUGAGUUCCGAAGAGAGACGUGAAUAUAAUCAACGAAGACGACUUCGACAGCUGGGUAUUCAAGGAUCGAAGAAGAACGGUCCGAUCGACGAUGAAGCCAUCAGACAACGUAUCCAACAGCAAAACGCCAAGAAGGCUGAAGCCGCUCGAUUGCGAUAUCAUCGAAUGUCUGAAGAGGAAAGGAAGUUGUACAAUCAGCGAAGAACCGAAGCGUUCCGACGACGUCGUAUCGAAGAAGAGAUUCUACUGUCGACGCCAGCCGGUCGUAUCAGUGCUGAGGCGUUGAAUAAGGCACAACAAAUAAUGAUGCGUAAUGCGAAACGAGCUGAAGCAGCCAGAUUACGUUAUCGACGUAUGACACCCGAGCAACGUAAAGCGUACAAUCUGAGAAGGUCGUUGGCGAAGAAAGAGCGUGAAAAUGGCUUGAGGACAACACCGAAUUCAUCGAUGUCGAUGCAUUCUGACGGUAGUGAAUUAUUGCAGCUGACACCAAUUGGUAGUGAUCAUGGAGGUUUCGUUGUGCAGGAGAAUGCAAUACCAACAGAAGAGCAGGUUGUGAAUAUCACCAAAACGAGUGAUGACAGCAGUAAUCUGAGUGAGGAGGCGUUGAAUGCUCUUGAAAGAGAUGUUGUUCGGAGAACGAAACAAGCCAAUAUGGUUCUGAUGAAACAACGACGAUUUGCGAAUGUUCCCGAGCAGCUGAUUGUGGUGGCCACUGCUCCAGACGGCACUCAGACAGUGAUACCGUCAACGACCACUGAGGAUGGCAAACAAAUNUUCCAUAUACCAUCGCAUAUCUCGCACCUAUCUCCGAUACAAACGGCCACCUCGUUAUGUUCAACGUCUGAAUCGUCCGAGCUGAUAGCCGCCGAUGUGAAGCAUCAUUCAGUGCGACGUUUCAGCAUGCAAACACCCCCGAACACUUCAGUGGUGAUGUCGUCCUCUGAACCGAGCCAACUGACCAAUUUGAUCAGCUCAGCUCAACAGCCGCAGCUGACCUCAACACCAGUCGAUAAGACACAGUUGAUAAUCACCGAUGUGAACAAUCAGCAGCAGUUGACGCAGCUCUCACCCGUGCAGCACUCACCAACGAUCAUCGUCGACGACAACCUGCCAGUGGAUACGUCACUAACCACCUCCACAUCCACCCUCAACUCAUCCCCUUCAUCAUCGAACACCUCGCAGUCGCACAUUAUCGUCGCUGUUCACGAUGAUGCACAUUUGCAGAAUCAAGCGCAGAUAAUAUUAACGGAUUUGAAUCAACCAACUGGAUUAGUGCUAUCAACAGUAAGUAAUCAUAUACGCUCGAGAAAUCGACAACACCCAUUACUUACAGGCAAUACAGUAGGUACUCUUCUGCAACAGCACCAACAACAAGAGAAUAAUCAACCGCAACAAACUAUUGUUAUGCUUCCUGAGCAGAUUCCGUUAUCGAGCACAGCAUCGUCGUCAGCGGUGAGAUGCAUUGGUGAUGAGCAGCAGUCUGUGAUUGAUACGAGUAGUGAACGUCAGAUCGCGUCGCGAAUGAUAAUAACAACCAGUAGAAGUGCUAAUGACGACGAUAACGCUGACAAUGAUGACAGCAAGAAUUCACAAGAUAUUCUUGCCGCAGCAACUGCAGCUUCCGUUGGUUGCAUUAGCGAUAACAGCGAUCUGACGCCCCAACAACAGAAACUUCUAAUACAGAGAGCAAAACGAGCCGCAAGAGCUAGAAUGAGGUAUCAUAACAUGUCAGAAGAGGAAAGACGUAAAUUCAAUGCGAAACGUGCGAGUGCAUUGAGGAAGGCAAGAAUCCGAGAUGAACAAUUAUGUCAGUUGGCGGAGACUGUUGGAAUACAUGGCGGUGCAUUAGAUGAAAAUAUCAAACAACAAAUUGAAGAAGCGCAAAAUCGACGUGCUAAACGUGCGUUGGCAGCACGAUUGAAGUAUCAUCGGAUGUCGAGCGAAGAACGUCGACAGUAUAACGCUAUGAGGGAUGCACAACGAAGACAAAGGUGCGUUUCCUCUGAUAGCGGGAGGGAGGGAGGGAGGAAACGAGCGCAAAUGAAUGCUACCGCAAUGCAGCAAUGUGAACAAGAGCAGUUGGAGAGUGCUCGAACGGUGCAUGAUUCGGUGGGAAGUGAUGCGGAUCCUCAACAAGAUCAUUCAUUAAUGUACGGAUCGUAUAUAAGUUUCGAAGAACCGGUCGAACAAAGUUGGAGUGAAUAA